UAGAUAUUGGAUAGAUGGAUGGAUAUAGUUGUUUAUUAAAUAAUGAAAUUGGCAGGUGAAUUUUGUGGUGCACCACUAUGGUCAUUGGACAAAAAAGUUAUUCUGCCCUGGCUCCUAUGUAAGUAAGUUGAGGCAAUAGGCUAUUUAGACUGGCAAUAUAGCUUACUGUUGACAUCUGAAACUUUUGAUGCAAUCUAAAGAAAUGAUAUCGAAGAGAAAGAUGGCACUUUGACAACCAAUUAAGAACUUGAAAAACGUAGCAUUUCACACUGCAGAAGCCUACACCUCCCUUAGUUAUAUUAAUUACCAUUCGUGAAUAUAAAAUCUGUAGUUGGAUAUUCUUUGUGAAAUAUUUGCAGAAAGCUCAGCAAAUUCAUGUGCAAUUAUUUGACUAACUGAUCUGCUAUAUAGCGAAAUAUGGCAACGGCAUAUUUAUGCGACACAAGGAUGUAUUUGUUAUCCAUUAUGAUAUAGCGUUAUCAUAUAACCGUUAAUAUUUAAAUCGCAUGCCAUAAUAUAAUCACGAGAUCAGACAUGAAGUGGACGAGAUUUGUGAUAUGAUGGCAAAAUAAUAAUUGCUUCUUCAGUUUUAACUGUGACCAAGUAACUUCCAAAUGACCACCCGCACAAAAAUUCAGCUUUGGUGUUCUGCUGAACAAGAAAUCGGUAGUUUUCUGCUUAAAAUGAUUUGGGAAGUUUAAGAUGAGCCCUUAGAAAGAAAACACUGUCUAUUGUUCUAAUAAACCGUUUUGGAUAGUGCAUUUCCGUUGUUUCUAGUAGGGGGCGCUGCAAUGGCUUUGGGCCUUCGGAUCUUUUUGUCUGAGAACUAGAUCCCGCUGCCGCUUUACAGUGUGUGCGAUUGCUUGGAACCGCGUCUGUAUCACACUGUCAGACCACUCUGAAACGAACACAACUGCAACCAAAACAAUUAAUUGACCAUCUAGUACAAUGACAAUUUUAGUUCGCCUUCAAAAUCGAUCCUAAUUCGAAUGUUUUUUUGAAGUUCCCGUAGGCUAAAUCGGCUUCUGUUUUCUGUGUGCAUAUCAGUCAUUAUUAGCAAGCUAGCCAUCGCUCGUUCUCUUAUUUCUUUAACUUUUUUUUAAACACUCGGCUUCGCGAAUGACUGCGCGCCGGCGGACUAUGGGAUCCUUGGUGUCUUAGGAAGCAUACGAGUGGGAUUUUAACUGGUUUUAACUAAUAAAAAAUGGCUAAUUCGACGGGGAAAAUUCAACCAGAUCAUCGAAGGAAAGGACUGGCUUUCCUGGACGAGCUGCGGCAGUUUCACCAAAGCAGAGGAUCACCGUUUAAGAAGAUCCCCUUCGUUGGUGGGAAAGAGCUUGAUCUUAAUGCUCUCUAUACCAGAGUCGUUUCUUUAGGCGGAUUUGCAAAGGUUUCAGAGAGGAAUCAAUGGUCCGAACUCGGUGAAGAUUUUAAUUUUCCCAAGAGUUGUUCCAACGCUGCCUUUGUUCUGAAACAGUACUACCUUCGCUAUUUAGAAAAGUAUGAAAAAGUCCACCACUUUGGAGAGGAUGAGGAGGAAGUACACCCAGGUAAUCCUAAACCAUCUCUUCCAAUCGGUGCGAUCCCCUGCUCCUACAACUACCAGCAACACACUGUAUCAGAUUACCUUCGCCAAAGCUAUGGUCUGUCAAUGGAAUUUUCUCCACCAUGUGACUACAACAAACUGGUGCUGUCUCUGCUGUCGGGCCUCCCAAAUGAGGUGGACUUCGCCAUCAAUGUGUGCACCCUCCUCUCCAAUGAGAGCAAGCACGUCAUGCAGCUGGAGAAGGACCCCAAACUUGUCACGCUACUGCUCGCUCAUGCUGGAGUCUUUGAGGACUCUUUGGGAAGUUUCUCUGCUGUUUUUGGGGUGGACUGGAAGGAGAAGACGUCCCGGGACUUUAUGAAGUUCUGGAAGGACAUUGUGGAAGAUCCAGAAGUAAGGGACCUCAUCUCAGACAAAAGCCACAGAUCACAAGAUGGAACAGCGAGGGAGGAAAGUGAGGUCUCCCUCUUCCACCCUCCUCGGAACAUGGGCAUCAGUGACAUCGAAGGGCAGCGGGUGCUCCAGAUUGGCGUUAUUUUGCGAAACCUUUCAUUUGAGGAAGCAAACGUCAAACUUUUGGCAGCUAACCGCACUUGUCUGAGAUUCCUUUUAUUAUGUGCUCACUGUCAGUUCAUUUCGCUACGGCAGCUGGGACUGGACACUCUUAGCAAUGUGGCAGGGGAGCUUCAGUUGGAUCCUGUUGAUUUUCGAACAACUCACCUCAUGUUUCACACCAUCACAAAAUGCUUAAUGUCGAAGGAUAGAUUUUUGAAAAUGAGGGCCAUGGAGAUAUUGGGAAACCUCUGCAAAGCUGAGGACAAUGGUGUUCUCGUCUGUGAGUACGUGGACCAAGAGUCGUACAGAGAGGUCAUCUGUCACUUGACUCUUCCCGAUGUCAUGCUUAUCAUCUCCUCCCUGGAGGUGUUAUAUCAGCUGGCUGAGCUGGGGGAGGUCACCUGCACAAAGAUUGCUUCUGUGGACAGGAGUAUAGAUUUGCUGGUGCGUCUGGUUUCGGUUGACCUCCACACUUUCGGACCAGACGCGCUGACUGCAGUCAAGUUGAUCGAGCAUCAGAACGCCAGCAGCCAGGUGGGGUCAGAGGUGCGACCACAGCUGGUGGAGCGGCUACCAACACAGAUGCAGGGGACACCACCUGCACCAGCACCGAGAAAUCCAGUUCAGUCUCCUCCUCCUGGAAUUGUGGAAAUUGAUGGAGAGAAGUUUGCAACUCAGUGGCUAAAUGCGCACUUUGAAGUUCAUAGUGACAGCUCUGUCUCCCGGUCAGAAAUGUACUCUGAGUACCUGUCCACCUGCAGCAGAAUGGCACGUGGCGGGAUUCUCACUUCCUCUGGAUUCUACAAGUGUUUAAGGAGCAUCUUCCCAAACCACACGGUAAAGCGAAUGGAGGAUUCAAAGACAAGUGGUCAGGCCCACAUCCAUGUGGUCGGAGUCAAAAGGAGGGCCAUCCCACUCCCCAUCCAGCUGUACUACCAGCCACUGCCUCCACCCACCCCUGUACCUCGUCAGGAGGCACCACAAGCCUCCCCAGCACCCUCUACAGGCUUGCCACAAUGCCCUCCAAGUUUGGGUGGCCUGUUCCAGCAGACAGCGGUCAGUAGCCUUACAGCCAAUCCAGCAGCCUCCCGGCUGGCCUUUCCUAUCCAAGGGGCCCCCAGCUCAUCUCAGACUGUUCCCAGGACACCCCUAACCCAGCAGCAGCUGUCCCAGGGUGCUGGCAAGCCAGGAGACAUCUCAAAACCUGUGAAAGUCCAGAGCUCCUCCUCUGCCUCUGUCCAAAACCAUACAGCCAUCCACCAGGCUGCGGUCAAUGUGGUGACUUCCCAGGGCCUGUUGCAGCAUCCUCCCAUUCUCACACCUGGGGGGGGCCCAGUUACUGUGUUUCAGCAGGGCCUUCCCCAAACUCACAUCCUGACAGGGCGCGUUACAAGUGCGGCCCCACCGGUUGCUGUCUCAGGACAGGCACAACCAGCCCCACAGCAGCCUGUCACCCAGGAGACGGUGGUACUGGCUCCUCCACAGUAUGUGGCUCACUCACUCCCCUGCUCCUCUCUGCAAAAUUUCCAAGUGGCCGGAGGCCAGGUGUUCACUAUUGCUGGCAUGCACAAUUCACAGAGCUCACGUGUCACCUUCCAAAACAUUGCUCCCAAACCUUCUCCGCCCCAGACUACCCUGGCAGCCCAAGCUGUGCAGCAGGGUGUGGUCAUCGUCAACUCCUCCCCCCAGCAGAGCCAAGCUUUCGCUCCAGCUCUCCAUCAGAUAGUACUGGCCAACACCUCCACCAUCCCAGCCACUCAAGCCGUUCAGCUGGCUGGACAGUCCAGCAUGGCCACCUGUCCCCCACCGACACCCUGCACUUCACCUGGCGGUCCUAUGUCCCAGGUCCUGUCCACCCCCUCCAACCUACCCCAGGCCCCAGGCCCACCCCCCACAGUUAGCCAGAUGCUCUCUGUGAAACGCCAGCUGCAGCAGCACCCUGCAGCCCUAACACCUGGACAGCCUACCUCCACGGAGUCCAGCUUGAUCAAGCAGUUGCUGCUUCCAAAGCGGGGCCCUUCUACACCAGGAGGGAAGCUCAUCCUUCCCGCUCCGCAAAUCCCACCGCCCAACCACGCACGAGCCUCUAGUCCCCAUAUGGUCUACCAGGUGGCCAACAGCUCCAGUCCCAGUUUUGGAGUACAAGGCACGCCACAGACCCCCCAGGUCCUGGUGGGCCAACAGAAUGUGCAGCUAGUGCAGAGCCCCAUGCAGUCGCAUGGCGCAGUGCAUACCGUCCCUAUCUCAAACCUGCAAAUCCUGCCUGGUCCACUCAUCUCUUCCAGCAGCCCAGCCGCCAUUAUCCAAGGUACCCCCGGCAGCCAGAUGACUUUUACAGUUGUCCCCAAUACUGGGUUUGCUGCUGCCACUGUCAGCCAGUGCGGUGCAUCGCAGAACAUCGGCACUGAGGGUGCGGUGACACCAGCACAAAUGGCAGUCCCAAGCCCGCCUCUGGCCACCUCCCCAGCCCCCACACCUCCUUUCAAGGGGGACAAGAUAAUCUGCCAAAAGGAGGAGGAGGCUAAGGAUGCCACGGGGCUACACAUACACGAGCGCAAGAUCCAGGUGAUGGAGAACUCCCUUGCCGAGGGAGCUGUCAAAACAAGCAAUGGGGACUCAGCAGAGAUUGGGGCCCCCACCACCAGGCUGUUAAAUGGGAAGAAGUGUGCUGACUCCAGUCUACCUCCUUUCAACUCAGGGAAAAGCCAGGUGGAAGUUGGCCCGUGUUUGCAGAUCUCGAAUGGGCCCUUGUCUGAAGCAAAUGGGGUUCAGGGGGCAGGGCAGCCAGAUAUGGUGGAGUCCAAGGGUGACCCCAAGCGGUUUCUGGUGAAUGGGCUCUGUGACUUCGAAAGAGGGGAUGGUCCUCAUCUACACAAAAACAUUCCAAAUCACAAGGCUUCCAAACACUUGGGUAAUGGGGAAAUUGCUUCCCCGAAAUGGCAAGAGAGCCUAGACCCUCCUAAGCAAGACACUGCCAAAGCCAACCAAUUGGAGCGAAUGUCCAAUGGGCCUCUGGUGGCCUGUAACUCCAUGUCCAUUAUGAACGUGCAAGCGGAGGUGGCGCCCUCCCCCUGCGUGAAGAGCACCAGCAAUAGCGCCGAGGUCUCCAAUGGCCCCCUGCGGCCGAACCAGCAGCAGUACCAGGACCCUGUAUUCACAACCACCACAAUCCCCCACACCCCUUCUGCUGCCACAACAGACACUCUGCCCUCUAAUGGCACCGGGAACGAAAGCAGGGCUGCCAAGAGGCUGGCGCAGGAUUCAGACAGAACGGCCGUCUCUGGGAUACCCAGCAAAGUCGGGGUACGGAUAGUAACCAUCAGUGACCCCAACAAUGCAGGAAGCAGUGCCACAAUGGUGGCAGUUCCCGCGGGCGCUGACCCCAGCACAGUAGCGAAAGUAGCAAUAGAAAACACUGUGCAACAGAAGCAGCACCCAUCACCAUUUGUGCUGCCAGUUGUCGCUCAGCCACCAUCGAUACCAUCACCUUCCCCCCCACCCAAGACCACCAGUGAGACAUCCAUCCCCACACCCCCCCUGGUUGUAUCCCAAGCACCUGAGAGCCCCCUGGAGCAGGACAGGAAGCCUGGCCACAACUUCAAGUGUUUGUGGCAGUCCUGUAAACGAUGGUUUGAGACUCCAUCUCAGGUGUUUUACCAUGCGGCCACCCAGCAUGGAGGCAAGGACGUGUACCCUGGGCAGUGCCUGUGGACGGGAUGUGAACCGUUCCCACGCCAGAGACUGUCCUUCAUCACCCAUCUGCAGGAUAAACACUGUUCACGGGAUGCCCUGCUGGCUGGAUUAAAACUUGAGGAGCAGUCACAAAGGAGCAAUCUGAAAACACUCAGACCCCAGCCUGAGGCAAGUGUCCCCUCCACUCCAAGAGCACAAAAAGCUCUGGUCAAUCACCCCAGUGCUGCCCUCAUGGCCCUGAGGAGGGGAUCCCGAAACCUGGUGUUCAGGGACUUCUCUGAUGAGAAAGAGGGACCAAUAACCAAACAUGUCAGAUUGACAGCUGCCUUAACCUUGAAGAACAUCGCAAAAUAUUCAGACUGUGGCAGAAAGUUGAUGAAGCGACAUGAAAACCACCUAUCUGUGCUAGCUCUCAGCAACAUGGAGGUGUCCACCACACUCGCCAAAUGCCUUUAUGAACUGACCCGCUCACUCCAGGCCUGACCUCCAAAUGGGACCGCCGCUCCGGACACAGGGGUGAGGGAGGGGGCAAGCCUGCACUCCCCUAAGGGAAGCCAGGGGGAACCACACUUCAGCCACAUCUCUGAAGAGGGCUAUAUCAAUGGAGAGAGACUUCAAGGCACUGUCUGUGCCUCUCAUCGCUCACUGUACUGGAAUCAGUGAAAUGGUCUCACUGUACUGGGAUCAGUGAAAACAGUUCCUUUCGUUCUUUCCACAAACUGCCACGGGAUCUUCCAGCAUUCAUCUGCAAACGUCCUGCCGAUGGAUGUGCCACCAGCCCCUUGUCGCUCCAUCCCUAGCACUGUUUUUACUCUCUGCUCAAUAGUCCAUACCGUAACAAUCAAAUGCCGUUUGUACUCCCUGCCCAAGUACGAGCACAUUUUUCUAAUCCUGGGACUGUUUGCCUAAACUUGGUUGAGUAUGUGUUUCACUAGAUUGAAACCUGUGGGUCGGAGUAGUGCAAAGGCAAGAUGGGUUGGGGGAGGGAGGGUUUAGGGUUCAGAUUGGCAGGUUGGCAACUGGUUAGAGUGUUUUUCUUUAGAACUUGGUAGGUUGGUUUUUCUUACUUGAGCCAAUAUAUUUUCACUUAUUUAUUAUUGAAAUAAAUACCAAUAUGUCAAAAUGAGAAAAAAAAAACUUGUAAAUAUUUGUGAAUAUAUAUAAAAUCCACUCAUGCCACAACUGUCACUGGAGAAAGAUCAUAAAAGCGUUACAGUUGGUCCGGUUGUUUUUUAAUGGUCCCCGUCACUUCUAUUCAAUGUGAUUAUAUACACAGCAGUGGAUGAAUGUUCUACAACAAUGUGUAAAUAGUCUGCAAAGGUACAGCUGCUGUACAGAAAGCAGUUUUUUGUGGAACUGUGAUUUUUUUUUUUUGUAUUAUAAUUCCUUGUAGAACUCAUUUUGCUGGCUGAAAGAGUAUGGAAUAAUAUAUCAUGUCAUUUUUGUAGAAGAAAAAAAACUUAUUGAAGGUUUUUUCCUUUUUUUGGCCCAACAUGUAUCCACUGUAAACGUUUGUCAUUGCGCAGGCUCAGCACUUGCGCAGAUUCUUUUGUAUUUGUAAAUUGGUUUAAUACAUGGAGUUUUAUACAGGUUUUCUCCUGUUAUUAUAUUUCCUUUAUGUGCAGGUAUGAUAUUUUUCUUCACUACUUUUUCUAUCUUAAUAUAGUGUGGAGUUUUAUUGUACGAUUUCUUUUUUUUUUCUUUUUUUUUUCAUUCUUAAUGCCAUGCCACAUUCCGGCUCUCAUCCCCAGACUGUCUUUGGAGCGUGUUCCUGUAAACCUUUCUAUCUGCCUGUUGUAGUAGCAUCCAAACGGGACGUCCCAUCACCAUUUCUGCUGUGUCAGUAGAGUGUGCGAUAUGAAUAGACCCAACCGUCUGUUAUAGAUUGGCUUUAUUUACUUUGGUGACUGUUUAUAGUUUUUAAAUAAAAAGAAUGAACAUU